UUUUUCAGGUUGAUGGAAAACUACACCUUCAACAGCUUCACUCUUCAGCUGGAGGGGUUGAUUGUCUCAAAGGAUUCAACAUACCCUAUGUUUCUCUUCCUCUUUUUCUCCUAUAUGUUUAUAAUGGUCACAAAUGUUGGCAUUGUGUUUCUGGUGUUCAUUGACAAAAACCUUCAUCAGCCUAUGUACCUGCUUUUUUGCAACCUGCCAGUCAAUGACGUUGUUGGAAAUUCAAUCACGGUUCCCCGUUUGCUCAUUGACAUGUUGCGUCCUCCCUCUGAACGCCUCAUCGGUUAUUAUGAGUGUGUGGUCCAAGCUUUCACCGCACACAUGUUCGGUACCACUUCCCACACAGUCCUGAUGAUUAUGGCCUUUGACAGAUAUGUGGCCAUCUGCAGCCCCCUGCGCUACGCUGCCAUCAUGACCAACAAAAUGGUGAUCAAGCUGACAGUUGCUGCCUGGGGAGUGGCCUUUGUUUUGGUCGGGAUUCUGCUCGGUCUGACCAUACGCCUGAACCGAUGCAGGACUCUGAUCACCAACCCCUUCUGUGACAACGCCUCGCUGUUUAAGCUCUCCUGUGAGAGUGUGUUCAUCAAUAACAUCUAUGGCCUUGCUUUCACUGUGGUUCUACUCACCUCCUCUAUUGGCAGCAUCGUUCUCACCUAUACUAAGAUUACAGUAGUCUGUCUGACCAGUAGGAACAAGUCUCUGAACAGUAAAGCCCUGAAGACCUGCAGCACUCACCUGGUUUUGUAUCUGAUCAUGAUAUUAAGUGGAGUAAUUAUCAUAACUUUGCAUCGCUUCCCUCAGUACCCAGACUAUAGGAAACUUUCUGCCAUUCUGUUUGUCCUUGUCCCUGGAAGCCUCAACCCCAUUAUUUAUGGUGUGCAGUCUAAAGAGAUACAGAAAUUCCUAUUUGAAAUGUUUCAGUGCAAAAAAUGUUUGCUCUCA